AUGUCUUCCGGUAAGAAACAUAUUAAGACACAAUCUACUUAUGCGUUCGAAAGUAAUACUUCGAACGUGGCUGCUUCUCAAAUGCGUAAUGCUUUGAACAAAUUGGCUGACUCCGUCAAGGACGACGAUGACAAGAGAUUCAAGUUUGAAAAUGAGCUGGAUUCAUUUUUCACUUUGUUUAGACGUUAUUUGAUCGAAAAAUCUUCAAAGGAUAAUACUUUGGAUUGGGAUAGAAUCAAGUCUCCCGGUGCUGACGAAGUUGUCCGUUAUGAAACCAUUCCGGAUCAAGGUGACGAAAACGUCUCGACCCUAUCUAAAUUGGCCGUCUUGAAAUUGAAUGGUGGGUUAGGUACCUCUAUGGGUUGUGUCGGUCCAAAAUCUGUCAUUGAAGUUAGAGACGGUAAUUCUUUCUUAGAUCUUUCUGUUAGACAAAUCGAAUCCUUGAAUAGGAAAUAUGAUUCAGAUGUUCCUUUGUUGCUAAUGAACUCUUUCAAUACCGAUAAAGACACUGAACAUUUGAUUAAGAAAUAUUCUGCUAAUAGAAUUAGAAUUAGAUCCUUUAAUCAAUCUAAAUAUCCAAGAGUCCUAAAAGAUUCUUUAUUACCUGUUCCACAGGAUUAUAACGAUCCUUUGGAUUGCUGGUACCCACCAGGUCAUGGUGAUGUGUUUGAAUCGUUAUUAUCUUCUGGUGAAUUGGAUGCUUUAAUUGCUCAAGGUAGAGAAAUUUUAUUUGUCUCUAAUGGUGAUAAUUUAGGUGCUACUGUUGAUUUAAAGAUCUUAAAUCAUAUGAUCGAAACUGGCGCCGAAUAUAUUAUGGAAUUGACAGAUAAGACUCGUGCCGAUGUUAAAGGUGGUACUUUGAUUAAUUAUGAUGGUCAAGUUAGAUUAUUAGAAGUUGCACAAGUUCCAAAGGAACAUAUUGAUGAAUUCAAAAAUAUUAGAAAAUUCACUAAUUUCAAUACUAAUAACUUAUGGAUUAAUUUGAAAGCCGUUAAAAGAUUAUUAGAACAAGGUUCCAUUGAAAUGGAAAUCAUUCCAAAUCAAAAGACUAUCUCAAGAGGUGGUCAUGAUAUUAAUGUCUUACAAUUAGAAACUGCUUGUGGGUCUGCCAUUAGACAUUUCAAUGGUGCUCAUGGUGUUGUUGUACCAAGAUCGAGAUUCUUACCUGUUAAGACAUGUUCUGAUUUAUUAAUGGUUAAAUCCGAUUUAUUCUAUUUACAACAUGGUGCAUUAAAGAUAGAUCCAUCAAGAUUUGGUCCAAAUCCUUUAAUUAAAUUAGGCUCCCAUUUUAAGAAAGUUUCUAAUUUCAGUGAAAGAAUUCCACAUAUUCCAAAAAUUAUUGAAUUAGAUCAUUUAACAAUCACUGGUAACGUUUUCCUUGGGAAGGAUGUUACUCUAAAAGGUACCGUUAUCAUCGUUUGUUCUGAAGGUCAAAAGAUCGAUAUUCCAAAUGGUUCUAUCCUAGAAAAUGUUGUCAUUACUGGUAACUUACAAAUCCUAGAACAUUAA